GGCCUCUCGCGCUCAGUCCACGGUGGCAGCUGAAGCUAAUGGAGGCGCGAUGGCUCCGUUUCCCGACGAGGUGGAUGUUUUUACCGGGCCUCACUGGCGCAUGAAGCAGCUGGUGGGGCUCUACAGAGAGAAGCUGUCCAACACCAACUUCUCCAACAACAGGGACUUCCGCUUGUUUCUGCAGUCGCUCCUCGCCACGUUUGAGGAGUUCAAGAUGCACGAGCAGAUCGAGAACGAGUGCAUCAUGGAGCUGCUGCAGGAGCGCAGUCAGACCGUGUAUCACGUGCACGCCGACAACAAGCUCUCUGAGAUGCUGUCGCUCUUCCAGAAGGGGCUGCGCAGCGUCAAGAGCGAGUGCGAGCAGCUGAAUUACGCGCAGCAGCUGAAGGAGAGACUGGAGGCCUUUACCCAGGACUUCCUUCCUCACAUGAAGGAGGAAGAGGAGGUGUAUCAGCCCAUGCUGAUGGAGUACUUCACGUACGAGGAGCUGAAGGCCAUCAAGCGGCAGGUGAUGCUGCAGCACUGCAGUAAUCUCUCGUGGAGCUCCGCCGCAGACCUGCUGAAGGGCCUGAACCUCUGGAGCCACGCCGAGGAGCUGCACAAAGCCUUCAAAUACUCCGACCACGAGAAGACCGAGGACGAGCGGGGCACGGUCUCGGUGCUGCCGCAGGAGCUGCUGCUGAGGGUCUUCAGGUUUCUGGGGCCGGAGGAUCUGUGUCGCUGUGGACAGGUGUGCAGCGUCUGGGCUCAGGUGGCCAAGACCGGAUCUCUGUGGGGACACCUGUACCCCGUCCGCUGGGCUAGAGGUGCGCUAUGGAUCGAUCAUAAUAGGACCAUGAAUAAAUACCCUGAUUUCUCCAUCCAGGUGCAACAGAUCCUCAGUUUGUGCCCAAACCUGGCUCACCUGGAUCUCACGCAGACUGACAUCUCCGACUCUGCCUUUGACAGCUGGGCGGAGUUCGGGGCGUGUCGUACUCUAGAGCGGCUGGAUCUCUCGGGAUGCGACAAAAUCACGGACCGCACACUGAAGAUCCUGUCACUGGGAUUGGGCGACUUAACUACAUCCAGCCCGGAUCACAGAGCCAAGCUGCUGAAAGCCCCGCCCUCUCCCAUCAAUUUCCAGGACGAGUGUUCGCUCCCACCAAUGGGACGCAGCUGCCAGGAUCUCAUUUUCAAGCGGAGACCUGGUGGGCGUGGCUCCGGCUGUGGCCCUGCCCACGUGUGGGUUCUCGACCCGUCCAAAUUUGCCGACAUCGAGGAUGUGGCCGACUGGAGCAAACGAGGGGGCGUGUCUGUGCAGGAAAAUGGGCGUGGUGGCAGCUCGUGCUGCUGUAGGAGGAGGCGGAGCUUCAGGACUGGUAUUAGCUCCUCCUACUGGCAGUACGGCUCUAUGGGCGACGCCCUCUGUGGUCACUCCACCUGCUGUACCUCCGACGUGGCGCUCUGGACGGUGAGAGAUGCGCGCUGUGACCUCCAGGCCACAGGGGGCAGUGUUGAGUAUCGGACUAAAUGCUCGUUUGAGGGUGAAUCUUGCCCCGAGCAUCACAACAGGACUGACCAAUCAGGAGCCUAUCGGGCACUCAGGUUCCUCAGCCUGUCCGGAUGCUAUCAGAUCACGGAUCUCGGCCUGAGGUGUCUGUCUCAGCGAGGAGGACUCCCUCUGCUGCUGCAUCUCAAUCUCUCCGGCUGUCUGCUCAUCACGGGGGCGGGGCUUCAGGAGCUGGUGUCCGUUUGCCCCUCCCUCAACAUCGAGCACUUUUACUACUGCGAUAACAUUAACGGUCCUCAUGCUGACGAGGCCAGCGGGUGUCAGAAUCUGCAGUGUGGCUUCAGGGCUUGCUGUCGAUCCGGAGAGUGAUGCUCUUUUCUCUGUGUUCAUCUCUCUUUACCCCUCUCUCAUCUCUCAUCCAUGUGCACUUUAAUCGGGAAAUUGGUUCGAGAUGCUCUUCGACGCAACUUGCUUUCCCUAAAAUCAAAAACGCUUCAAAUAAAGUGAAAUUCGGCAUUGCAAACCUUCAUCUGAGAGCUAUGUGUAAAUAACUCGACUGUCCGCAGGAUUUUCUGAUGCUCUUUAAUUGGAAAUUGAGUGCUUUAAGUUGCCAGUUCAGCAUAGUGUGGGUUUUUUGUUUUGAGUAUUUCACCCAGGCACAUAACGCCUCCGUCUCUAACUCAAUUCUGACUUUACUGAGCCAUUACUUUAGGUUUGAUGUUAAAAUCACCUGCUUUGGUUCCCCUACUCUGGACUAAUAAGGUCGUGAAUAGGAAAAGACUCUAGAUAAGUUAAUAGGCUUGAGUUCACAAACUCAUUGAGUUGUAGUUUGUCAAACAAUGCAGGUUUCUUUUGGAAACAGCCAGUUAAUAACCAGUGUUCGUAACCUGAUGCGGAAAUGACUGGAUGGCUGCCAGAUAGUCAGUUGCUAAUAUUCUCUCCAGAGCUUUGAGCGAAACAUCGUCUGUGAUUAAAUAUCUGGCAACCGUGUCAAAGUAGAGACCUUUUCCCAUAAUUCAAGCUUUGGUUGGUUCAAAAAAAGUAGUUUGUGAGCUGUAAUAAGUCCUGGGUGUGUUACACUCGUUAAUUCUCCACUCAUUCUUCUUGAGUUUUUUUUUUUUGUUGUUGUUUUUUUUAGAUGCUGCAUGAUCAUGUUUCUUUUGAGUUCAUUAGCUGACCAUUAAAAGCACCUUGAGAUAA